UCACGGUAGGUGUCGACCAGAUGGGCCUCCGCGACCACGGGGGUCUUGACUGGCUCACCCAUGGCGAUGGCGGGGUGGGAGGAACGAUUUGGCUGAGUGUUCGUUGACGCUGCACUGCGGGGCCCGAGGAGCCAAGACGGCGGGUGCGAAGGGAGAAUUGGCGUUUCGUCGUGGGUUUAAAAGAGAGGCAGACUUCACGUGCCUAGCUGGCUGGAGAUAUAUAUAUUAUAUAUAUCAACGAAGGGGUAGGAAAAUGUAUGUAGGUAUAUGCAAUGGCAAUGGCACGGUCCGAUAGGUAUAAGCUCGAGUCGGAAAGCCAAUUCGGUAGGGGGGAAGUGUGAAGGAAGAAGAAAAGAAUGGUUAAUGGGGUGGGAGGCAAGUCCUCUAGCGAGGAGGAGGCACUUUUUGUAUUGCGGCAAAAUAUUGGGCUGGCCAACAAGAACGCAAUGGCCGGGGCCCGGGUUGUAUCGGGUACAUCCAAGAGGCAGUCCCAGGUACUUACCACGGCCAGUAGGGGUCGGUACAAGGGUAGGCUAGGCGUUCCCCAGGCGCUAUCAGAUAGGCCGGGGAGUUUCUGCUUCUUCAGCCCCGAAAGCAGUGCACUACACCUCUUAGUCGCUAUCCCAGGACCCCAGACCAGCAUUUGGCGGGACUGGAUUGGGGAAAUCGCCGACUUAGGCCGGGGGUUUCGCUUGGCUGCGAUGUGGGGCUCCACGCUUCCGCUCGACCGUCGACCGUAUCGUGCGUUAUGUAGCGUGUGUGCAUCGGACCCUUGCUUUGUUCUCGUCUGGGCGAUACGUUGGAGGGGGGAUAUCUCUCUCCUCUGCGUCCUGGCGAGCUUCCCCGCCGAAACCCCAUGGGAAUGCCCAGAAAGCCUCAGGCUUGGCCGGCCGCCGCGCAAGCGGGCAGACGCGCACCUACGGGCACACUCAUCUCCGACACGGCACAUCGGAGAGCCACAGGCAGAGAGAGGCGGGAGGGGAGAGAGGGCGAGCCAGAGAGGGCGGCGGCGGCUGGGAUGGCGCCAGUGUGGAAACGCAGGCUUUACCUCUUCCUCCUACACGUCUCGGCCGCGGGACCCUUUGGGCCGGCCCCGACGCAUUCCUAGCAGAGGAGCUAAGGGCCUGCUGGGCGCGGCACUCGGGGCGACCUAGGCGAACGUGGUCGAGAAACAGGACUAGAAGGAUAGACGCACCCAUGCAUCCGC